AUAUGCGUGAAUGUAUCUCCAUCCACGUGGGCCAGGCUGGUGUCCAGAUCGGCAAUGCUUGCUGGGAGCUCUACUGUCUCGAACAUGGCAUCCAGCCUGAUGGGCAGAUGCCCAGUGACAAGACCAUUGGGGGAGGAGACGACUCCUUCAACACAUUCUUCAGUGAGACGGGUGCUGGCAAGCAUGUCCCCAGGGCAGUCUUUGUGGACUUAGAGCCAACAGUGAUUGAUGAAGUGCGCACAGGAACCUAUCGCCAACUCUUCCACCCUGAACAGCUCAUCACUGGCAAAGAAGAUGCUGCCAACAACUAUGCACGAGGCCACUACACCAUUGGCAAGGAGAUAAUUGACCUGGUUCUGGAUAGGAUCAGGAAGCUGGCUGACCAGUGCACAGGUCUCCAGGGCUUCCUGGUCUUCCACAGCUUUGGUGGUGGCACUGGCUCUGGUUUUACUUCCUUGCUGAUGGAGCGCCUGUCCGUUGACUACGGCAAGAAGUCCAAGCUGGAGUUCUCCAUCUACCCAGCCCCUCAAGUCUCCACGGCUGUCGUUGAGCCCUACAACUCCAUCCUGACCACCCACACGACCUUGGAGCAUUCUGACUGUGCCUUCAUGGUAGACAAUGAGGCCAUCUAUGACAUCUGCCGCAGGAACCUUGACAUCGAGCGCCCCACCUACACCAAUCUGAACAGGUUGAUAGGUCAGAUUGUGUCCUCCAUCACAGCCUCCCUCCGGUUUGAUGGUGCCCUGAAUGUUGAUCUGACAGAAUUCCAGACCAAUUUGGUGCCCUAUCCUCGCAUCCAUUUCCCUCUGGCCACCUAUGCCCCAGUCAUCUCUGCUGAGAAAGCUUAUCACGAACAGCUCUCUGUAGCGGAGAUCACCAAUGCUUGCUUUGAGCCAGCCAACCAGAUGGUAAAAUGCGACCCUCGCCACGGUAAAUACAUGGCCUGCUGCCUAUUGUACCGUGGUGACGUUGUUCCCAAAGACGUCAAUGCUGCUAUUGCCACCAUCAAGACCAAGCGCACAAUCCAGUUUGUGGACUGGUGCCCCACAGGUUUCAAGGUUGGUAUCAACUACCAGCCCCCCACAGUGGUCCCUGGAGGCGACCUGGCCAAAGUGCAGCGUGCCGUCUGCAUGCUGAGCAACACCACGGCCAUCGCUGAGGCCUGGGCUCGCCUGGACCACAAGUUUGACCUGAUGUAUGCCAAGCGUGCCUUUGUCCACUGGUACGUAGGGGAGGGGAUGGAGGAAGGGGAGUUCUCAGAAGCUCGGGAAGACAUGGCUGCCCUAGAGAAGGAUUAUGAAGAGGUGGGUGUGGAUUCUGUUGAAGGAGAGGGUGAAGAGGAAGGAGAGGAAUACUAAAGUAAAAUGUCACAACGGUGCUGCUCUUACAGGGAAUUUCAAGCUAUUUAACAAUAUUCACGUUCUGGUCUGAUCGGUUAAUUUAUGUACCAGUGUAAAUUCCGAUACAUUUGUUUGCCCUACAAUAACUGAUCUGUGCUUUAAAACAUGAACAUUUGUAUUACAGACCCAAAACGUCCAACAAUGUUAUGGGUUUGUGAAUAAAAGGCAUUCCCUGUCCUAGA